AUGGCUAGCCAUCAUGGUGCCCUCGCCAGCGUGAUCAUCGACUCGCUCGCCUACCUCUCCCUCCUCGGCGUCUUGCUCAUCACGUUCCGACGCUAUCACACCCACAAGUCCGCCGAGGUCGCCGCCGCCGUCGCACAUGCUAAAAGUGCUCGGCGCCGCCCCGCGGACGAGGACGGGGACGACCCUCCGCCCGGUUCGCCUAUCAGUCCGCACGGGGGCAUGACGCAGGUUGGAGGCCCCGCUAGCGUACGGGCUGCUGCUGGUGAUGAAGCCGUCUCAGGGGUGGCGACGCGAGCUCGUCGGGCUGAUAGGAGGAAUGGUUCCGGACCGCUUUCCAGGUUCAGCGAGCAGAGCGCGCUGGCAGACCUCACAUUGGGUUCAUCGAACUACUACGCUGACGCAUUCGCCAGUGCUGCCUCUGCGGACGAACAAGAACGCGGGCAUACGAGUGACGCGGGCGCGCCUGAGGGGCGGUUGGACUCCCGCUGGGUGGCCACAGUUGCGGGCAGCGUGGGCGCAGCCGGGAUGCGCUACCUGCAGUCGUCUGCCAGCCGAUUGCGAGUCGCUGAACAUCAAGACGCUCGCGCCGGGCGAGACGACUGCAUGAAUCGCGAGGGACGCAGGGCAAGGACGACGAGGGCAUUGAGAGGGCGAGAGGAGAAUGCAGCGAAAGGGAGAGAGAAGGGUAUAGUGCGAACUGACAGAACGGGCGUGAAGGCUCGAACUUGGAAGGCGAUUGACGAAUGGGAGGCCCCCGAUUUCCCUGGUGUUCAAGGAGGCGGCUCUUCCGUGACGGUGGUCGAAAACGCCCUUGUGCUUGACUCGACGGAGAUGGCGGGGCAGUACCCCCGGAGCGCGUCGUCCAUGGACCACGUCCGGGGCACAUCGCCCUAUGUACCGACACACAAAGCCCAGUGUGCACGGGCAGGGCAUAUGCAGCGCAAUGCGCCCGCGCUGCCCGUACAUCCAGGGCGCACCAAGGGGUGGGAGGGGUUCUCUGGUGAUGGAUCGGAUCAGCACCUCGGAGAAACGGUCAGAGGCGCGCGGCGAGCAGACAAACUCACUGAGUACGUAGUCUCGGCGGCGUCGGACUCGCCUCCGAAUUGGGGCUCGUCCAAGGAUGAUCCACUCACUGUCUAA